AUGACGCAGCAUGAAGCGAUGAUACCAGCCACGUGUCAAAGGUUGAGCUGGUGUGAAGCCGUGCAUAACCUCAAGAAUGGCAGUCGCCUUCUCGAUGAUUCGUUUGCGCCUGACGGCAUGACCAUCCGUUUCCAUUCCGACGAUCCAGGUCACCAAGUCGUCCUCUUGUCGCCGUACGCACCUGUGAUUUCGGAACAGUUGAUGGUGGCCGAGAUCACCAACAACUGCUUCGAGCGGUCGAUGGACAAGUGCGACCCCGCCACGCACAUAGCGGCGUAG